AGUUCCAAUAAACUCUGUGAAAAAUAUCGCAAUAAACGCUUUCGUUUUAACGAAUAAGUGAUACAUUUUUUAACGACGAGAGGAUAGAUAGCCCAGAAAAAACCAACGUUGCCAAAUGUACGAAAUACAAUUAUUUUAGGUUAUGGCGCGAAAUACAAGUUUUGAAGUUGUCAUUUGUCUCUGUUGAGUACUUGGCUGCUAAGAACUGAUCGUUGGCUUAGAACAUUUAUUUGUUAGUCAUUAGUAAUUCUCAAGUUCAUUUCUCAAAAUGCCUGUUAUAUGUAAAUUUUGUGAAAAAGUCUUCAGCAAUCAAUCUAACCACAAUCGACAUAUUAACGAAGUGCAUAAUGAAGUUGCCGAGCCAAUAUCUUAUGAAAGGAAUACUGUUUGGAGUAGCCAUUGUCUUGAACCAAACUGCAAUAAAUCGUUUUCUAACAACAAAAAUCUAAUGCAACAUUUACAUAAUGACCACUCAAUGAACUUUGUGACAGAGUUUUAUAUAUUCAAUAAUACUAAUGAUUUUGAGGACUGGAAGACAAACAUUGAAGUUACCAAUGGUUGUUAUAUUCUAAAAAGUAAAUAUGCGAGUACUAUCGGUGAAGUAAUACUUUAUAAAUGUAACAGAAGUAAAACAAACUAUAGUGUUAAAGAUGUUGAUCAAAGAAGUAGAUUGUUGAAGAGUCAGGGAUCUUGUAAAAGGAAAAACUCUUGCACAAGUGAAUUGAAGGUUACUAUGGAGAGUAAUAAAAUCACAGUAGAGUGGCAGAAAGUCCAUUAUGGACAUACCUCAGAAUUGCAACAUGUUAGAUUGUCAAAACCCGAUAAGCAGAGUAUUGCUACUAAAAUGGUGAAUGGUGUUACAAAUCAAAGAAUACAAAAAAUUAAGGAUAUAAAAGAUUUAGCUUCCAAAUUUGAGAGUUUAGACUUUGAAAAGUUUGAUGAUGAAACCAUCAACAAAAUUCAUCACCACCUAAUAAUUGCAAAAAAUAUAACGAGUUGUUUUAAUUUUCCAAAUGACAAUACCAAGUUUCAAUUGCGAAAUGAAUCUAAUAAAAGGUUAAUAGAAUCCCAAAUAAGAUUCACUUCCACAAAAAAAAAAUGCAUAAAAUCAAAGACCAGUCUCAAAAGACCAACAUUACAGGAAGCUAUUAACAUAGCAGAAAAUUUAAGCCGUGCCUCUGAAGAUUCAUUUCUCUAUAAAUCCGUAGAACCACUGAAUGACCAUCAAUAUUGUUAAAUUACUUGAUUGGAUAUGUAAUGUUUUCAGUCUA